CGCAAACAUCAGGGGUGCCACGAGCGAAAGCUGACACUUUGAAUUUGAUGCGGGAUCCGAAGCCAUGGGGUAUGAUUUCUAUAAGCGCCCUCAGACAAGGUCUGCAGUAUGCAUGGGGUUGAUGGGCAACGGGCAGCCUUCCACGACUUUCCUCCUCGUCUUGUCUUUUUUCUCUCUGCCUCCAACCAUUCUUCUUUGUAAACAUAAUCGCGAAGCCAGCAAUGCCCCGCGAUAAGUUCUAUCUUUGUGCAUCUACUGCGCAUUUGUCUAGGGACAUUGGAAGUACAUGACAUAUACAUUUCAAAAAUUAUCUUACACCCUGAAGCAUCGUCACCAUCCUAGACUCUGCUCACUAAAGACUUCAAGUGCCGGUAUUGGCUCCUGCGCUGAAGCUCCCGCCCCUGACAUUAUCUAUAUUUUCCAAAAAGGCUGUGCAGGGCUGUAGGGAUACAUCUCUGUUCGUUUCCAAUUCGAGGAUAAUCAUCAUGUCGAGCCUUAAAGAUAUCAUGGACGUAGAUGUGGAGCCUCUUGAAUCUCAAGCCUAUAGAAGGAAGGAGGCCGCUCAACAACAAGCUUCUCGAUCAUCCAUUGAUCCUUCAUCUCAAAGUCCCUCUCCUCAGCUUGAUGAUACUAAAGGGAAACUAUCUAUGAACCAUCGAAGAUCAAAUCGAGUUUCAAAGUCGUCUACUCAACCUACAAUAUCGCGGCCCAAUUCAUCACGGCGGCGUAGCAGCGGUGCCGGAGAAGCCAUGGACUUUUCGACCUAUCAAGGUGGCGGAUCAAACCAAAGAAGCAUAUCGGGCAGUCCCUCACAAACAUCUUCGAGAGGGGGAAUGGAACCAAUGGCAGAUAUAGUGCCUAUCAAAUACACACCUGUGACUGGACGUAUUAGCAGAGCAAAGAAGGGUAUACCAGUUCAUACAUGCGACGACUGUAGAAAGACAUUCACCAGGGCGGAGCAUCUCAGAAGACACAAACUCAGCCAUGGUAAACCCGCCUAUCCAUGUACUUUUGAAGAUUGCGAGAGAACAUUUCAUCGCCCGGACCUACUUGCACGUCAUUUCAAUCGACACGAGACACAAGGCGAGAAGGCAUACAAAUCUAGUGACCCAAGAAGCAGGGCCUCCUCAAGCGCAUCGGAGAGUGCUCCUGUAAAGUUAGAACCUACUCCCCAUGGAAUCCCCAUGGGCCUAGGUCAGAUGUCUCCAGAAAAUCCAAUGACACCUAGAACUUCAGCGGGAACGGAUCAUUCUGCUCUAGCACCGACUUUCAAUACAAUGACGGGGAAUUUCCAACCUGUUGACUUUUCAUCGGGAAGCUCUCAUAGAGGGUCUGUCAGUCAAGCUCAAGUGACUGAUGUGGAUGUGUACACUACGGCAUCACCUGGUUCGGUCCCAUCUAGGACCUACGCUGAGAUGACCCCAAGCUUUAAUGUACGACCUAUGCCAGACUUUUCUGAGCAAGACCCUUAUCGGGCAACGAACUCCAGCUUCCAAGGGUUAUAUACUGAGGAAGUCUCCUCAUUUCAUUCCUAUAGCCCCCCUCAUGCUCUACCACUUCUACGCAUUCCAGAAGAACCUUAUAUGCCAAGUUUAUCUUACACGCACGACAACUCACCCUGGUGUUCAUCGGCUUCCGAUAGCACAUAUUCAGAGAGCUCACGCACGGGGAGAAUAGCGCACAGAGGUCGAUCUGGAUCUUUAGUCACGGCAUCUGAAUGGCCUGUUCCGGUUCCCAACGCGCAGUGGACCCAUGGCAUGGCUAAUACAGCUCAAGACCUUAGAAGUCCACCUUACGAAACAAUGAUGGAAUCUUAUGAUGCACCUUACACGCCCCCUAGAAUGUCACCGCCAUCUCGUCAAUUGCUUGAUGUGCCUGCUUAUAAUCUGGGGGGUUAUUAUAUGGAAUCAGUGGGUAAUCCUCACACCUCAACAUAUAAUAAACACUUGGCUCAGACUUUUCUUCCAGCGUCCCCUUCGCGAGUAUCCGACCCCCGACUGGCAGUCCUUGAUAGAAGAUCGAAGGAGCUGGUGGGAUCCCAGCAAUUAGAUACACUGACGAACAUCGAAACGGUCAUUUCAUCUCCUUCCCAGUCCGCAACUUCUAACCUCGACACCUAUCUUUCUUUAUAUUGGAACAACUUCGAUAAGCUGUUCCCAAUGAUUCACCGAGGAACAUACAUACAGAAUCAAAAUUUAGCACUCACCUUCGCAAUGGCUGCCAUCGGCACCCAGUACCAUACAAAUCCCGAAGCACGAAAUCACGGCGUGGAAUUCAACGCUUACUGUACUAUCAUAAUUCCUGUGGCCUUUGAAUGGCCAAUACAAAUAAUGCAAGCAAUAUUACUUACAGAGAUAUUUACUCGUUUCCGUGGUACAAAGACUACGGUUCGCCUAUCUCGCCAGUUCGAAGAGUCAUACAAUAGACUCUCGAACCCUUCACCAAUUUCCGAUACCAACACUACUCCUACUACUAUAAGCACCUCUAAUGUUCUAUCCAAUCACUUCAAUAUACGAACUAGAUCUCAAGACAUCCAAAGCAAUUGGUUGCUCUGGGUCGACACCGAAUCACGACAACGCCUGCUAUGUCUCUGCUUUAUUUUCGAUAUCCAACAAGCCAUGUAUCACCAGCAAAAGCGAGCCAGACCAUAUGUCGAUCUCAACAUACUGUACACACCCUGCUCGGAAGUUCUAUGGGAUUCAACUAAUGCAGCUGACUGGGCUACCAACAAGACAGGAAGCAAUGUAGGGAAACCACUCAAUGUCGUACAACAUCAGUACACCCAAGAAAACUGUGCUGAGCCUUCACAUUUUGCUCAGUCACUCAACGUGUGUUUCUUGACAUCUCAACUUCCCAACCGUGUCGAUCCUGACCAUCACUAUCCAAACGAUUAUCAAAUACACAAUAUAUAUCCCACAAUACUCGAACUUGUAACAUUAUCUUCAGCAUCUUCCAUGGCAUAUACCUAUAUCGCGUUGUACCAUACGCCACUGCGCGACCUUUUGGCUGUGAGCGGGGAUACCUGGGUGUUUUCUCAAAAAAUCACGAAUCAAACCUAUUUCCGCGAAGCACAGUCACGCCUGAAAACUUGGUCAUCGUCUCUAGCAGCAGCCACCGCCACACAUUAUGCUUGUCGCAUCUUACUCUCCGAGUUUUCAGUGCCAUACGUUCCAUCUUCCAAUAAUAACACAACGCAACAUUCUCCGGACCUCUCUCACUAUUGGUCUUUGAAUAUGGCCGCGUUGAUCUGCUGGGCAUUUGGACACCGAAUCAGCGGAGUCAGCGGUGCUUUUACAGCUCUAGACUUCGACACUUCUCCCGAAGCUUCGGGAGAUGUACGACUUAAAGCUCUCGUGUAUCUCAGUUCUAUGGUAGAGCUAGAUGUCAAAGAUCUCCUGACUGGCAAGGCGACCAUGCGGGGAGAAAUCUCUUUUAUCAUCGAUGCAGUGCGCGCAAGACUAGAGAUCGAUAGUGUUGGAGGCCACUGUAUGAAUCUCGUUGAGUCCAUUUGUGUUUUGAAGCGUCUCAAUGAGAGCGGAAGAGGAAAGUGGUUCUAAGUUUUUUCUUCUCGUCUUUCCCAUGUUCAGUUAUUUUCCUUUGAUCAUUUCCUUUACUUUUCCAUUUCUUUCUUAGAUCAAUUCUUUUGAAUCGACCUUGUGCGAUAAGUUUCUUGGUAUCUCUUCACUUCCUAUCUGAGGAAGGAAGCGGACUGGCACAUGUCAUGCCUCGAGUAAUGAUGACGGAUUUCAUUUUAAAUUUCCUAAUGUCUGGUUUCCUUCUAUACAUGUUUUUCAUCUUCUUCAUCUGGCGGGAAUGUUCAUUUCUUUACAUUUUGUCAAGCUGUACGAGUACAUUUCCUCACCUGUGUUACCACCUUCCCACCUGUAUCUUUUAUUUCCUUCCUAUACUAUUAUUUCCAUUUCUACAUUUCUCUCAUGCUUCCUUUCCAUUUCCCGAGUUUUCAUUUCUCCCUCUGCAUAUGAUUGAUGUUAAUGAGUAAAAUGCAUAUGGUGACAUAUCAUAUCCAAAAUGAUAGUGUUAUAAUCGAGGGCUUAAGGGAGGUUUGGCUGAUGGAUGGGACGGAUCGCACCACAUAUACACAUGCACAUUUAAUGCAUAACAUAUUCAUGAUACCCCGGAGGACGCGAGAGAGCGAGUCGGAGCAAGGAAACGAGGAGGGGCGGGCAAGGGAGGAAGGAAAAUUUGCGCCUUUGUACACUAUUGCAUUGCAUUGCAUUGCAUUGCAUUUGUGUUGUAUUGUAUUGUAUUGCGUUGCACCUCGCUUUUUUUCGAGCAUAUAGAUAUAGAUAUUAAUUGUUUAUAUCAUAAACAUCC